AUGCGGAUGCUUCUGGAGAGCAGCUGGAUGAGGUUUGGACCAGCAGGCAGAGGGUCGUACGACUGGGUGACACGAGCACCUUCCACACAGGAGAAGCAGGGCUACAGCUGGAAUGAGUUGCAGCUGGGAGACGAAAGAAAGUCGGAGCUGGUGGUUUACGUGGUCCUCCCGGUCAUCUCUGUCGUUCUGCUGGCUUUCCUGGUCGGUUUGAUCUACCGUCGGUGUUCCCGCAGCAAACUGAGCCUGGCCAACAUCAUCGCUCUGGAUCUUCAGGAUGCAGAGAGCAGCGCAGAGUUCCUCUCAUCUCUGACCAGGAAUGCAGAGCGCCACACCAGCACAAGCUCAGAUGGAUCAGAUGGAGUCUUCGUCAUGGUCUACCUACCUCCGCCCUACGAGGAAACGCUCACCAAGAUCACCCGGGCUGCCAGCCUCUCCAGCUCCAACGACGUGGAGUCAAUAAAGAUAGAAGAUCUGGAGGCCAAGCUGUGUCCAGAGCUCAAGUCCAGCGGCCAAUAUGUGUGA